UUGACACCCAAAGUUGCUCCUGCAUCACCACCACAUAUUAUGUCCCCACCUGUUGAAGAUACAGCGGUCAAAAGCACAUCACAACCAGCUGAUGAACAUCCACUGGCAUUGGCGUCAUCGACACCAUCUGCUGGGCAAAACAUGGAAUGCGAUGGUAACUUAGCAACUCGUCUUUGUCCCCUUCAAUCUCCUAAGGAAGAAGAAAAUUCCCAAAAUAAUAUAAUUUAUGGUAAGUAG